AUGGCGGAAGCAGCAACAUCUGAUGCGGCAAAUAUAGGCAGCAGCAGCAGUCGAUCUGUCGAAGACAUUGCAGCCUACCUUGAAAACACGAUACCAAAAGAAACGUGGAAACCUGGACGACAACCUGAUACAAACAUGAUGGCAACUGAGAUCAAAGAGAUGUGGGACGAAGCUUCAUCUCAUGACUUACGAGGCUUUCUCUGGUCGUAUAUCAACAGGGAUCAAUUGAAAGCUACCGUCGACGACUUGGUGAAGUUUUUGGAACAAGGCGGCAAGAAGCCUGGUACGAAUGUGUAUCAACAGGAGCGGCAAUUCGUUGGCAUAUCUCACAAAGUGAUCGACACAGCGUUGACGCACGAUUUUGAUAUGCUCCAACUGCACGAAAAAAUCUGUUUUAUAUUUCUGACAUUUUACAAGAAAGGCAAUGAAGGCGAGUACUAUGGACCCUAUAUUUGCUUUGUGCAAUCGAGUGGAAUGGGGAAGACAAAGAUUCUCUACGAAUUGUGCAAGCAUUACAAGAUGAAUGAAGAAGGGACAUCUAAGAGUGGUAAAGGGAAAUCUAAGAGUGGUACCAAUAUUGUGGGUCGGCUCAUUCUCUGCCGCAAUGCAAAAGGGGAAAGCGAUGAAAGGAAAAAGGAGAAGGACCUGUUUGACGCGUUCAUUGAUCUCCGAAACGGCAUAAACAGCAAUCAAUCCUUUCAACAAGUAGUUGACGGCGUAUUUAAAAAGCUGGAUGACAUGAUUGCCUUGCUCAAUAUUGCUGAUGAGCCGACGGAAUUGGUUUUGUUUUUUGACGAAGCACACUACCUACUUGAUGAGGGCAAGUAUACAAAGGAAAAGGGAAAGGGAAAGGAAACGAAAACGACAAAAAUGGACGCAAUGCUCUUUCGUAUCGUUCGCCUUUGGAUUCGCAAGAAGCGGGGGAAUUUGCAAAUCGUUGCUGUAUUCACCGGGACGACUGCAAAAUUAACCAACUUCAUCAUUGAUGACGACAUUACAAACAAGACGGAUACCGAUACUCGUGAGUACACGUCACCUAAACUUGAAUUCUACACGAGGGGUGAGAAAACGUCCUACACACCAUUUUACACUACUACUACGAUUGGGUGUCUCCGAUUUGUCAAAAUGGAUGAUUCAUCAUCAAAUAAGAGCGAAUACAGCGUCGCCGUUCCUCGCGGGCGGCCUCUUUUUGCUGCCAUGUCCGAACAAGAACUGAAGGCUGGCGAGUCAAUCAUUGUUCAACGUAUUGUUCAAGAUGCUUCACCAAGCGCAUUCAAAAAUACAGCAGCAACCUGGCUCAGUGUGUUGGGCACACGAGUGCAGAUGGGACAAACGACAUUUGCUGCAGCUUCUGGUCUUGUGGGCCGUUCUUACGCCAACCUUGUUUCGGUUAGCCCUGCUACAGUCGAUGGCAAUGACAAGCAAACUGCCAAAAUUUGUUUCCCACCAGAUCCUGUUUGUGCGCGAUUGGCAAUGUGUCUCAUGGAUGAUAGUUGGUCCAUGGCUCUUUCAGAAGACACGACUCUGAAUGGAAGACCAAAAGUAUGGUGGGUACAGAAGAUGAAGGACCUAUUUUCAGACCAUUUUUGUUCACCGGAAAAGGGAGACUUUGGGGAAGUCAUGGUGGCUUUGUAUUUUUUGUUCUGUGCAGAUAUUGUCCGAGGUAGUUUGAAGGACAAUAAGGAGUACACUACUUUCUCAGUACCACUAAAUGAUUGGAUCAAUUGUCUAAUCAAUGGGGGUCGUAGUGGUGAUGAUGGUGACGACGGUGACGACCUGAUGAGUCAAAAUAACGAUUGCCAGGUCCAUUUCAGUGCCAUCCAAGUCUGUCGUAAUUAUGCCCGUGCGUAUGAUGACUCGUGGUCUUUACUUCAGAAUGAAGUGUUCUUGGAAAACAUGUACAAAACGGGUGUGGGAUUUUAUGUGUUUGCAGGUUGCAGUGUCAUUGAUGUUGUAUUUGCAUUGCGAAUAUCAGUGGCAGCACCAAGAAAAGGCGGCGUCACCGCCACUGGCUCAUCCUCAUCAAAAAAGUACCAAUACGUUCCGAUGUUUGUGUCCAUCAAGUCGCAAUCCAGUUUCUGUCCAAAAUCUGCAAGCAUUGAAUGUGACAACAUGAAAGCAAAAUUUGAAGCGGUGAAAGGUGGUAGCGAGCUUGGUGCCCUUUGCCUCUUGGUGGUGUUUGGUUCAUCUGUCAAGUCAAAAGAUGGAGACUAUACUUUGAAACCAGAUUGCGUCAAGAAUCUUGAAGAGGGAAUGGCAGUAUCCAAAGUGCUGCGGAUACCAACCAAUGACGAAUUUGGAUUGACAGAAGCAUUCUGGGAGUUGACAGGAGUUCACGAUGAAAUGUCAGAAGUUCUUGCUUCUCACAGCUUUUUGGGUGCCCAUCGAGAAGCUGAUAGCGAGACCACCACGAAUAACUUUACAGAGCAAGUCUUGCGACUCCGCCCAAAAUUAAAGACAAAAAAAGCACCAGAAACGCAAGGCAUUGUAAGGAAAACAGAUGAAGUGACUGGCUAUUUGGACAAGUUGCUUGCAGGUCUAGAUGACAUCGUUAGAGGACCACCAUCAGAUGGAGAGAAAGAGAAGCAAAAGAAACGAAAGGCAACUGAAGAAAAGACAAACAAAAUACAAAAGCCUCGCAUCCGAUAUUGA